CUUCAGCAAGCAUUUAUAUGAUCUGAGUAAAAUUAUGUGAAUUGAUUGGUUAGGGAUUCGGUUGCGGUAAAUAUUUUUUUUGUAACAAGUGACACAGUUAAAUUAAAAAAUGGUACGCCGAUCGAUUCUCGUUUACGAUCUGCUUUGCACCGAACAACCACCCGAUGGCUUUACGGAGAAAGAGAUCCUUACGCACAUCAGCAACAAAUAUGACAUAGCGGCCGGUAAAACUCUUCAGAGAGACAUCGCUCUUGCCUUGCGUCGUGGCAUCGACUACGGGAUACUUGCUAAAAAGAGAAACAAAUUCAGAUUUGAUCCCAAUUUCCAUCAAACUGCGAGCUCGAGUCUUAAUAACGCCAGAAGAAAUACCAGAACAAAGAAAAAGACGAGGCGGAGCGGCAAGAAAAAGACAACCAGCAGAUCGACCGCGGCCAAAAGACGACGGCAACGACGACGAUCUCCGACCCGUAGUAGUAGGUCUCGCAAACAAUCGAGCUCGGUACCGCGGCCUACAUUGCCCAGACCGCCUUCAUGGUCGCCGAAAAGGCGAAAUCUUACCGAGGAACCUAUACCGAAAAUGAAACAUUCCUAAAUAAAUAAUGAUUAUCGUUUUUCCUACUUGACUCGAUGACAAUAAAUUACAUAAAAUAUCGUAUUACGUAAAAUAUCGUACACACACACAUGUAAA